AUGCAACAGCUACAACGUGCGAGUUCGGCCGGCGGUUCAUCCUCAAGCGGCGACGCCAAUGCCGCCAACGGCAAUGACGAAGGUGGGGGAUCUAGCAAAGCCGGCGUUAUUGCAGGUGCAGUCGUGGGAUCUGUUUCGGGCAUAGGUCUUCUUGCCGGCGCCUUUUUCCCCUACCGGUUCCUAAAGAACCGGCCCAAGCCCGAAAUUCCGCCGAAUCCAGUCGUCGAGGAUGGCCCAACCGGGCGAUCGGAAUUAGGAGGCCUUGGGAAAACAGCCGAGCAGAUUGGGAAGCCUGAGAUUGACGGUCAGGAGAAAUCGGCUGUCGAAUCUUCCGCUGUGUUUGGAACAGGAACCCCUGCAACGGUCGAAUUAGGGUCUCCGGGGCUAAGCCCACUGCCUCACGCGCAAGAACUCUCGGCCCAACCGACCGCGGCUGAGCUUGCCAGCUCCACGGGGGCCUAUCACUCGGGCUCCAUUGGAGAGUUGCCGGCAUCUAUGGUGGUGUACGAGAUGCCUGCUGAGCCAUAUACGGGCUCGAAUCAUGAUCCUCGAGUGAUUCGCACUUGA